GGUCCAUUUUUUCUAAUACUCCUUUUUCAUACUCAAAUUCAAAGCUUUUUUUCUCUCCACCUCCCACCCCCCCACAACUUCUUCUUCUCCAUUUAACUUUCUUGAAUUAUCUUCUUUUUUUUUUUUUUUUUGGAUAUAUAUAUAGAGUUUGAAUCGAAGUUACUGGAUUUCAAAUGAGUGGCUCGUAAUAUAUAUGUACAUAUAUCUGUUACGAUUUUGUUUGCUUUGUUGAAAUGGAGGAUCAGUAUGGAAUGGCAGAUCUAAGACAGUAUAUGAAUGGAGGAAGGCCGAUUUUCGGUUCCAUCCAACAAGUGCCACCCGAACUACUACCUGUCACUGCUCACCAGCAACGACACAGGAAUCUCGGGCCGGGCCAGUAUGAUAUGGUGAUGGGUAUGGCCCACGGGCUUACUACUGGUACUACUACUAAUCAUCACCAGCACCAGCACCAUCACCAACAUGAAUUUCUUACGAACUCAAGUCCUGUAGCUGCUACAGCAGCUACAGGUACUACUACUACGAGUGCCGGAUUUAGUGGUAUGGAUCAGAUGGAAACUGGUGGUGGUGGUGGUGAUGGAAGCGGCCGGUGGCCGAGACAAGAGACACUUACACUACUUGAAAUUAGAUCAAGAUUGGAUUCUAAGUUCAAAGAAGCUAAUCAAAAAGGUCCCUUAUGGGAUGAAGUUUCCAGGAUUAUGUCUGACGAACAUGGAUACCUAAGGACUGGAAAGAAGUGUAGAGAGAAAUUUGAGAACUUGUACAAGUACUACAAGAAGACUAAAGAAGGCAAAGCUGGAAGACAAGAUGGUAAACACUAUCGAUUUUUUCGACAACUUGAAGCUUUAUAUGGUGAAACAAGCAACAAUAUUUCAUCCUCAGCUUCAGACGCUCUUCAUCAGGGAAGUCAUUUUCCUUACAAUCGCGUUAGCAACAUCAAUCAAGAGCCUCAUAAUUUUCAUCAUCAUAAUCAAGCUCCUAAGAUCUCCGAUAGCCUGAGUCUUUCAAAUUCCUCUGAGUUCAACACGAGUUCCUCAGAUGAUAGUGAUCAAGACAAAAUGAGUAAGAAGAGGAGGCCGGGGAAGAGGAGUUUGAAAGCGAAGAUAAAAGACUUCAUUGAUGGACAAAUGAGGAAGUUGAUGGAGAAACAAGAGGCAUGGUUGGAGAAAAUGAUGAAGAUGAUUGAGCAUAAAGAACAAGAAAGGAUACUGAGAGAAGAAGAAUGGAGGAACCAAGAGACGAUUCGCAUGGAAAAGGAACAAAGAUUUUGGGCUAAUGAGAGAGCUUGGAUUGAAGCACGCGAUGCUGCUUUAAUGGAGGCUGUUCACAAGUUGAGUACUGGCAAAGAUUUGAGGAGUACUAGUAGUAGUAAUCCGCGUCAUGCUGAAGAUAUGGUUGAAACUCUGGGUCAGAAUGACAAGAGUGAUGAUGUGACACAUGGUCUGAAAGAUGACAACUGGCUUGAAAGUGAAAUUACUAGGUUAAUACAACUCAGAACUAGCAUGGAAUCAAGAUUUCAAGAAUUAGGGAUUUCAUCGCGCGAUGAUCAAGAUGAUGAACAUGUCUUAUGGGAAGAAAUUAGUGCAAAAAUGGCCAUUUUAGGGUAUGACAAAAGUGCAACAAUGUGCAAGAACAAAUGGAGUAGCAUCAAUAGUUACCUAAUGAAGUGCAACAAGAAAAGAAAAGAUCAAAACUCAACAAGUUUGUUAUGUUACAAUAGUAAUGUCCAAAUCAACAAUCAAUAUUAUGAAGCUGAUGGAUCAUCAUCAUCUUUUAGGUACUUAAUGGGAGAUAACCAUCAUCAUAAUCAAAACUUAUGGGAGAAUUAUGAAUUGAAAUUAAGCAAAGGUGGUGAUGGAGGUGGCAAUAACUGAUGAUAUAUGUCACAAGUACAACAAGACAAUUUGUAAGUUUUUUUUUUUUUUUACAGUGGUAGUUUUUAGUGCAUCGAACUGCCCUUUUUAGUUCUUAAAAAAUUGGUUGACAAGUUUGUCUUGGGUUGCUAACUGUUUUUUAUGGAACAUAUAUUGAUUUGAAGUUAACUUGUCCUAGCUAGGAGGUUGAUCAAUUUGGCUACCUAAUUUUUAUUAUUUUGAUUAGAUGUUCUAUUUAUAAUUUUGUAUUUAAAUUAAGUAUUGGAUUGAUGUAGUUCUCUUCAAUUUGCUAAUAUUCUUGAAGUGUUUGAUUGUCUUUGCAUAACUAUAUUCCUUUCUUAAUUUUGAGGUGUUUCGCCUGUAAAAUUUGAAACUUUUUCUUCUUUGGAAAAUGUAUGGACAUUGCGAUCGGUUCGAAAGGCAUGAUUUUCAGUAUGUCUAUCGAUAGGGCGAAUGAACUCUUUAUUA